AUGGAUACCGAAAGAUCAGAACUAGAGGAACACAUCGCACAGACUGGACACGAGAUCAAUUGGAAGGCAAUAGAAAGAAGACCUCCAUACGGGGACAACACAAGGAAGCGCAAGAUUAUCGAGGCCAUUGACAUAAUUGUGGAGAAAAAUCUAAUGAACAGGAGAUUGGAGGAUGGUAGAGUUAGCGAUAACUUUGCCUACUGA